ACAUAUAAAAAUAAAAUAAAAUAAAAGUUUGAUCUAUUUAUGUAUUAGAAAUCUAUUUAUGUAUUAGACAGUGACUUUUUUCACGAUUAAAAUCUUCCGUAAAUUAGUCAAGAUUUUCUAAUAAACUUACAAUUCUAUUUUCAUGAUUUCAAACCGAGUCGUCCGCUCGCGACAGACUCAAAUCAGUUUUUAUUGUAAGAGAUGCAAUUAUUAGAGAAUUCUCAGGAAUUUUGAAAGCUCUUAUUUAGCUUGCCAGAAAAGUUAUCUCGUUUGCCGGCAUCGAUGUCACCCGCAUGCCAUCCGCGCGCGCGCACGUCGUCAUUGGUGUCGUCAUACGGAAUUGCUGAUGGCAGAUCCAUCGAACGAGACAAAAAAAGAAGGGCAUGAAAUGCAGUAGUGUAUCAUGCAAGAUUUAUUGGAACACCUCGUUUAAAGUAUUGAAACCUCGUUUACGAUUGUUAAUUUUUAUAUUAUCUUGAAUAAACGAAAGCAAUUGAGUAAAUCAAAUUUCAAGAAUAUAGAUAUUUAACAAUCGUCGUGUCUAAUUAAUUUGUGCGAUAUUUAUUCAAAUCCUAAUAUAAAAUUAUAAUUUAAUUACAAAGUGUUACGCGAUAAUUAAGAAAGUGAAAAAUAGUGAAAAAACGAUGAGAAAACUUCCUUGAUAUUUUGUUUCUUAUUGCGAAAAUAUCUAAAUUAUCUGGAAAGUCUUUCAUUUGCGUUGUAGAUAAUUUCAUUGUCCUACUUGUAAUACUAUUUGUAAUAUUACUCGUAAUAUAAUAUUUAUGUUUCUCUAAUCGGAUAUUUAUAAAACGCAUUUAGCUUGAAAAGCGAGCGAUAGAAGUCAAGUCACGAGCAAACGAAGGAAUCAGAUCAGCUGAUUCGACAUGGACACCUUUCUCGUCGAACCGUUCUCCAUCCCUCUCGCCUUUCUCUCUCGUUCUCCCCUGCCGAUGACCAUCACGGUGACAGCCCCACCCGCGGCAUCACCUUCUCUUUUUCUCUCUCCGUCUCUCUCUCCCGCCGAGGUAAUCGCACGAGGUCGUCUGUUCGUUGGUAGAAACCGCUUUCCAACCGGAGCCUGUUAACCCACUCUCGGGGCCUCCAGUACGCUCGCCGUCUUCGGUCCCACAUGUCGCACGGUGCGCGAGUACGCUUUAGACGCAUGCCGAGAAUUUCACAAGCGUUUUGGCAACUCCGACCUUGAUCCGAGCCCGCUGCUCGCAGGUAAACUAUCUCUUCGAAGAUAAAAACUCUCAUGGGAUUUAAAGAUGCGCGUCAAGGUCAGCCGGGAAACGCCGGCUUUUUUAUGGUAUUUACGCCAAUGGCUGAGAUUACGCCUCUCUAAUGUCGUCUCGGAAUAACCAUCAAUCGUCAAUUUGAAUCUCUUUUUGGCGAUAUCAUCCAGAUAGAAAUCCGUUGGUGUUUCUCCGAGGACAAAAGAAGGAUAUCUAAAAAAAAAGUGUCUAGAAGAUAUCUCGAAUUUUGUGUGCUUGUUUUUCGUCGAUGGUUGUCCUUUUUUUUCAAAUAACAAAUAAAGAUGUCCAAAGUAGUGUACGAUUUGCAAAGGGAAUAUCAUAUCCGAUCGUAGGCUAGAAUUUACCUUUGCCUAUGAUAAUGCGAGGAUGGUAAUGCAAUUUUUUGCUCGAGUGGCCCAGAUUCCGGCGAGCUGAAGCUAGCUGAUUCAGGAACAUGAAGGGAUGGUUCGACGCCUUCCGCAACGAUGGCGGCCCGACGCUCUACAGCUACAGCAAUCGCACCCCCGUCACAGGUGACGUUCCCCUGGUAAUCGUGUUCGUGGUAUUCGGUACCCUGUUCACGGCGUUUCUAGUCAUAUUUCCGGGUGUCAGGAAAGAGCGGUUAACCACAUUUCUCACAGUUACCCUGAGCCUCUUCGUGGGUGCGACGAUUCAAGUGGCGCAAUACGGCUCAUCCUGGCACACGAGCUCCGCUACCAUUGUCAGCUCGUACAGCGCUUUCUCCAGGCAUAAGGCAACGGCCGACAUCGGCGGUUACAUCGGCUUGAUGCACAUCAAUAUAACGUACAGGUUAUUACCAGAUAGCGAACAGACCAAUGGCGACGUAGAGUACAACGAACGAUUUUGGUGGCGAAGUUCCGGCGAGAUGACGAGCGCCUUCAAGCAGGCCCUCUUCCAGGGCGCGCCGUUCCCCAUCGUUUCCUUGGCGGAAUACUUCAGUCUGCACCAGGAGGGAUUCUCCUGGGGCUCGCGGUAUCGCGAAGCUGGAUAUUACGCCUCGAUAAUGCUAUGGGCCUCCUUCGCCUCGUGGCUUAUGAUGAAUUUGUUACUAAUGGUGGUACCGCGAUACGGAGCGUACGGCAUGAUUUUUACGGGACUCUGCAUGCUGUGCACAAAUUUAAUCUACACGGCGCUUUUGCCAUGCGAGCCUCUGAUAGCUCAUAUCGAGGGCUCGAUUCUUUCCUUCAAUCUUGGCUGGAACUACUGGUUGGUGUUGUCAGCCGGUGCUGCGUGUCUCUUCGCGGGACUCGUAAUAACAGCUAUAGAUAUGAUUUUCCCUCAUCAAUUCUCGACCAUACUCGAGGUCGACUACGACACGCCGUAUGACAGGCAUGUUAUUAUAGAGGAGAGUUUCGACACCCGCAACGUUAGGCGGAAGGUUCCGAAGAUCGAAGAUUCGUUCGGCGAUCGAAUAAUGAGUCAACUGUCGUCCAAACUUCAGAGUAGACACACCGCUAAAGAGGACAUCGAAGGCGUCAUUAAUCAAGGAUAUACGUCGCACGAGCUAUCCGAAUUUCCUCAGGAGAUCGGCGACGAGCCUGGCAAGAGUAAUUGGUCGUAUCCAUUCCCGCCGACCUCCCGUAGAACCGUCAACGGUUAAUAUAUUUUCUGGAUACUGCAGAUAGCUACAAUACUUUCCCCAUUAUUAAAAAUAUAUUUAAAUAUAUAUUUUAUAAAUAAAUAUUA